GUAUCUUCUGUAGUAUCUUUCAACUUUAAACUCUUUUUUCGCUAAUUUUUCUCUCUAAAAAAGAAACACACUAGAUAAUUUAUGUCGACAGUUCCACACACAAAUCUAACUUCCAUCCUAAAAACAAAAUCAACAGUGCUACUUUUUUUAAUCCACAUUUCCAUAAUACUGUGUCUUCCUAUUGUUUAAUGUCCUUUUUUAUUAAACAAAUUUGUUUAGAUCUUAUUAGCGAUUUUGAAACUUGUGAUUAUUGCUCUACGUUCAAUAAUUUUAAGUAAUCUUUUGAAGGUAAGGAGCCUUUCUGAUCUGGAGUUUUUUAAUUAAUCAAUUUAAGAACCUGACUCGUUGCAAAAUCGAUGUUUUUAUUGUUUAAAAAAUCGAUCUGGAUUGAAAUGGUUAAUUUUUGCCGCGGGUAUGUAUAUAAGUCUCGACGAGCGAUAAAGUGACUGCCAAUUCGCACGAAUGUUAUCACUAACAAUUAAAUAAGUGACAAUAAAACAGGUACAUGAUACCAUGAAUCAAGGUCGACCUUGAUAUUCGAAGUAAUCUUCAGUGGAUUCUGCGAGAUGUUUGGUUGUCCUCGAGAAGCCGUAAGGGUUAAAGUAAAGAAGUGUGAAAUUCGCCAACAACCAGAGUAUCGGAAAUUCAGCGUGGAUCCUCAGAUAACAUCUAUCGAAGUUCUACAGAGCAUUUUGAUCAAAGCCUUCGACAUAAAAGGAGAAUUUACUGUAUCUUAUCGUGCAAUCGACGAUUAUGGGUCAGAAACUUACUUGUUUUUGCUUUCUGAUUGGGAUUUGGACGCAGCGUUUAUCAGUGCUUCGGAACCUUACCUUUACCUUCAAGUGAAUUUGAAACCUUUCGGUGAAACGGGGGACUGUGAAUAUGACUGGGAUCAAAAUGUACAAGAGGUGGCAACGAGGCAGCAAGAAACGGGCUUUCCAUACAAAACUCAAAAACUUCCAGGUCUAAUUAUGAAUAAGGUGUUGAGCCAACUCUCGAGGAUACAAAACGUAAGCAAUGCCGCCUCCUCAUCCUUACAGAUGGAGAAGACCUUCAAUCUGGUGCAGCGAGCUCUCGGCAACUUGGCUGACGAGUCCUCCCAUCAAAAGAGCCAUCCACCUCGGCCACCUCUGACAGAUGCCGAAUUUCGAAAAUUCCUCGACCCGAUAGGACAAGUCGUGCAUUCGAAGGAGCUCCGUGCCGUCAUUUACUUUGGCGGAAUCGAGCCCAGCUUGCGGAAGGUCGUUUGGAAGCAUGUCCUCAACGUCUAUCCGGACGGGAUGUCAGGUCGCGAGCGGAUGGACUACAUGAAGCGGAAGGCACAGGAGUACCAGAAUUUACGCGAGAGGUGGAAGAGUCUGAUUCAGCGGGGCCAGAAUGUGGGCGACCUGGGAUAUGUGACGAGUAUGGUGAGAAAAGAUGUUCUGCGAACAGACAGACAUCACAAAUUCUAUGGCGGACCCGACGACAAUCAGAAUAUAGCUAGUCUUUUCAAUAUUCUGACAACCUAUGCCCUGAAUCAUCCGAGUGUGAGUUACUGUCAGGGGAUGAGCGAUUUGGCGUCGCCGCUUCUAGUCACGAUGCGUGACGAAGCGCAAGCUUACAUUUGUCUCUGUGCCUUGAUGAGAAGACUUAAGGAUAAUUUCAUGCUGGAUGGUAUCGCGAUGACUACCAAGUUUGCCCAUUUGUCCGAAGGUUUACAACACUACGACCCGGAAUUUUACGCCUAUCUCAAAUCGCACCAAGCAGACGAUCUUCUCUUCUGCUAUCGAUGGCUGCUCUUGGAAAUGAAACGCGAAUUCGCUUUGGAUGAUGCUCUGAGAAUGCUGGAAGUUCUCUGGGCAGCUCUGCCUGCCUCUCCACCCACAGGCGAACUCAGUCUGGCAGAAGUUCCGUUUCCACCGCCUUCGCCACCUCCAAGUCCCAAUGUCAAACAAAUUCGGGAAAAUGCCUACACGAAAGUCUGCGCAAUUCGAAGACAAAGUUCAUUGGCAAGCAUCGCAAGUACUAAAAAGAGGCAGAUGAGCACUGAAGAACCAGCAUUGGAAACGACCAGUGAAAACGGUGAAUCGAAGAGGUCAUCGUCGACGCAAGAAGUUGCUUCAGAAGCAGAACAGAAUUCGAAAGCCGUGACAAACCGAGAUUUACCGGAAGUGCUAUCGAAUAAGAGUCCCUGCAAGCGAAUGCAUUUGCUGGACUUGAGAGAAAGACUGAGUCUAAUGAGCAAAGAUCCGAAAAACGGGGAGCAAUCCGAAACUGAGAAGAAGUGUGCUCGGGUGGUGAAAAAUUUAAACGAAUUUUUGAAUUUUACAAGUCUGAAUCGAAGUAAAGUCACUCCAAGUGAUGACCGGGAACUGAGGCGAGUUUCGAGCGAAAGUGGAGUUGUCAAAGUCGUCAGAGAUGACACUUCUCCAGAUGAUCCCACCGAUUUUUAUCCAAUGACGACUUCGAUGACGAGAGAAUUGAGACUGGAACUUGAAUCUUUAGAUCGUCAGGUGUUUGGGCCUUCUUUGCCCAACAGAGAAUUUAUUGAAGAUGAUCAUGAAAAUGUCCAUCAAAAGCAAGACGAAUUAGAAGAUAAUGAAACUGAUGAUGUAGCUGGAUGCAGUCCCGCAGCUGAUGUUUUUAUUUGGGAAAAUCCUCUGCAUAAAUGGGAACAGGAGCACAAUCCUUCGACUCCAGACGAGCAAACGGAUCUCGAGUACGAUGGCGAAAUUCUCGAAGAUCAAAACGGAGUCAAAUCUGUCACUCCUAUUAGAUUAUUCAAGUGUCCUUCCAGGUCUGAGAAUUGCUCGGACAGUGAUGGGACCGAAAGUUGGAAUCAGAACAAUGUAGCAAUCGAAAGUCCCGAAAUUUCGAUUCAAGAGCAAGAGCAGUGCGAGGAAGCAACGGAACUGAUCAAUUUGAUACCAGCUGGUACAAGUGAAGAUCAACUGGGCGGAAGUUCGCUUCCACCUCCGAGCGAAUUUGGAGGCGGAAAUCCGUUUCUCAUGUUCUUGUGCAUCACUAUGUUGCAGCAACACAGGGAUUAUGUGAUGCGCAACCAAAUGGACUACAACGAAAUGGCGAUGCAUUUUGACAAAAUGGUUCGGCGACACAACGUCAUUAAAGUUUUGAAUCAGGCGAGGCAACUCUUUGCCGGCUAUCUUAGACGGCAUUCUGGCCCGAGUAGACCCGACUGCGUUAAUGUCUAAAUUGCAUUUUCAAAAAUCACACAAAAUCAGGGUGGCGACUUGACCGGAAAACCGGGAAAUUAUCAGAGAUUUAAAUUUAUUAAAUUAUUCCUAAAAGAAAGGUAAUUUCUACUAACAUCGACAAUAUUUUAAAUCAAAAAGAUCAUUUUUUGUAAAAAAUAGUUAAAUUUUCUAUUAAAAAAG